CCCCUUUUUUGAGCACUGCCGCGCGAGAUGAGUUCCUCGCAGCCUCCCUCGGCGCCUCCCUCGGCGCCUCCCUCGGCGCCUCCCUCCUCAUCAUCUUCGGCAACCGUGGCGGCUGCCUCCUCUGGAGCCGCCUCGCCGACGGCCUCCUCGCCGCACCUGGUCAUGUCGCCGUCCGAGGGUGUAGUUCUGCCCGCGCGAUCGGGGGUAUCGCCGUCGAACUCCUCCUUCGCUGGGUCACAGGCCGGCAGCGGUGGCAGCGGGAGUUCAGACGCUGAUCCCUCCUCGGCCGCCCCCUCACAGCCCCAGUCACCGGGGCUCAUCUCGUUGGACCAGCUGAUCGCUGAGAACGCCAUGAGUGAGCGCGUGUCGAUGUCGCACUACUCUCUGCAUUAUGAUCCACAGGAGGCCAUGAAUGACCGCUUGCACCUCGAUGCAUACAACCACCUGCGCCAGUGGAUCGGCGUGUCGUUGGAUGCCUACCGGUCCGAGCUUAAGAAGUUCCUCUUUCCGCUCUUCGUCUACCUGUACAUCGACCUGAGCGAUCGGCAGCGCUAUCACUUGUGCCAGCAAUUCUUGCAGAACUUCUCGGUGGACUUUGCCCGGCCGCCGAGCCCGGCCACCGGGGGCGAGGCCAACCCGGCGACUGGCGAAACCGGCGCCAGCGGGCCCGAUGCAGCCGCCUCCGGGCCAGCCGGCAAGGAGACCGCGGGCGGCAAGUAUCAUGGCUCGGAGGCGUAUCUGAAGCUGCGCCACCGGAUGGCCGACGUGGUGGAUCACCUGCGGGCACACUCGGUGGCUGUUCUGGCGGCGCGGACCAAGCCAGGCACCAGCGUGCCGGACCUGGCCGCCUUCAAGCCCCGGCGUUUUACCGUGCAGCUCAGUUCCCUGACGCAGAAUCUGAUUCUCUCCUUCAUGGAGGACAACCGUCUGACAUUGCUGAUCCGGAUGGUGAACAACUAUCUGGAUCUGAAGGCUUACCCGGGGCGGCCGCUGCCUUCCUCGCCUUUGGAUGAGCUGGCCCUGCUGGAGGCGUGGCUCGGGUCCAGCAUGACCGAGGCACAGCACAAGCAGCUGGCCGAGUCGCAUCAGCCCUCCACUCAAACCUUCGUGCACUUGGAUGGCUUCGUGUCCGUGGUUCAGGAGGCGAACAACCGCGAAUCACACGCCAGACGCCGCGGGCCGCCGCAGACAGCGGCAUCGCUGUUGGGCUCGGUGCGGCCGAACGAGGCCCAGGCCGGCAUCCCGAAACCCCCCCGGCGCGAAUCCGAUGAGCUGGCCUUCGAGACGUCCAUCCGCGAGACCAUGCUCCGGGCGCGUCUCGGCGCGACGCUUGAGUCCACCGGCAAGCCGCUGAUGCCGUCCAUCUGCUGCUACACCUUCCACAACACCAAUGACAGCCUAUGCUCGCUGUCCUUCUCGAGCGAUUCGACCUUCAUGGCUGCCGGCUUCAGCGACUCCUACAUCCAGGUGUACAACCUGAAGGGGGAGAACAUUCGCCGGCUCAAGAGCGGCACCGAGAUCGAGUCGAUAGGCGCCGACCAGAAGAUCUCCAAUCUCGGGCCUUACAUGGAGGACCUGGGCCGAGCGGACCAGCGCCUGGUCGGGCACUCGGGCUCGGUCUUUUCUACCUCCUUCAGUGCAGACUCCUCGCUUCUGCUGUCGGCGUCGGAGGAUAGCACAAUCCGGCUUUGGUCUACGGUGACCUGGUCCAACCUGGUGGCUUUCAAGGGACACAUGUGGCCGGUCUGGUCGGUGGCCUUCGCACCGACCCCCUACGGGGCACAGUACUUCGCGUCUGGCUCGCGUGAUAAGACCGCGCGCUUGUGGUCCUGCGAAUCGAUCUCGGCCGUGCGCCUGUAUGCCGGCCACGAGUCCAGCGUGAAUGUGGUGAAGUUCCACCCGAAUGCGGCGUACCUGGCCACCGGGUCUUCCGACCGCACGGUCCGGCUGUUCGAGGUGGCGUCCGGCAAGACGGCGCGCCUUUUCGCCGGAGGCGGCCACUCGGCCGGCAUCCAGUCCCUGGCCUUCUCCCCCUGCGGGCGGAUGCUUUCGUCCGGCGCCACCGAUGGCACGGUGUGCGUGUGGGAUCUGGCCUCGGGCAAUUGCAUGAAGACCUUCCGCGGGCCGCAUGCCCGGACCAUCAGCGCGCUGGACUACACCACGGACGGGACGAUGCUGGCGUCGGGGUCGGUGGAUGGUGUGGUGGGCCUCUGGAACCCGCAGGAUGCCAGCGGCAUGGGCGAGACCGGCCUCGGUGGAGGGUCGAGCAUGGGUGGCAAGUUCGCCCAGGAGAGUGGCAGCUCUCUGCUGGGCAGCUUCCCCACCAAGUCCACGCCCAUUCACAGCCUGAAGUUCACAUAUCGCAAUGUUCUCCUCGCCGGAGGGUGCUACUCGCCCUGAGCGCAGUGGUGUUCGUGUGUGCCGGCCCCUCGCUCCUUCUGCCUCUUGUGCGCGCCUGUGCUCAUGUCCGCCGCGUGUCGUGUUUUCUUCUUCCUCCUGUAUCCUGCACGCGUUCUCUCUCUCUCUCUCUCU